GCGUGAGGUUCAGGGCUGGGGGCGGGCCCUGAGGGAGGGCAGGGGCGGGGCCUCGCGGCCGGCGAGGUGCUGAGCUGACAGGGCCGCAGCGGCUAACCCCACCUCACUUUAUCAGAACGUGCUUGAGCUGCUGCACCUGGCACCCCGCACCCGGCACCCGGCUGCAAUCGGCAAAGAGGGCUGGGCGCGGGAGAUGACAAGUGGUCUCCUCCCUGCUCAGUCCUCUGCGAGCACCUUCUCCUCCUGACCCCGAGGUUGCAGACGAAGCAGGUACUGUCCUAGAUGUUAGAAACACAACAGUGAGCAAAAACAUGCAUAGUUCCUGCUUCCACAACACUUGAGUGAACUGUAUGUGCAAAGUCCCUGUGGCACAAAGAGAUCUGGUUGGAGUUGGAGGGUGAGAGAAAAUGAAUUCUUUUUCCAGUUUACCUGCAGAGAACUUACCCAUUGCAGUCAAUAUGACCAAGACUUUGCCUACGGCAGUAACCCAUGGAUUUAAUUCCACUAACGACCCACCUUCAAUGUCAAUUACAAGGCUUUUUCCAGCCUUACUGGAAUGCUUUGGCAUUGUCCUUUGUGGCUACAUAGCAGGAAGGGCCAAUGUCAUAACAUCCACACAGGCCAAAGGGCUGGGAAAUUUUGUCUCCAGAUUUGCACUUCCAGCUUUAUUAUUCAAAAACAUGGUUGUACUUAAUUUUUCCAAUGUGGAUUGGUCCUUCCUAUAUAGUAUCUUAAUUGCCAAAGCCUCUGUAUUUUUCAUUGUAUGUGUAUUAACCUUAUUGGUUGCCAGUCCUGACAGUAGAUUUAGCAAAGCUGGACUAUUCCCUAUUUUUGCUACACAAAGUAAUGACUUUGCAUUGGGAUACCCUAUAGUUGAAGCUUUAUAUCAAACUACAUACCCAGAAUAUCUCCAGUACAUUUAUUUGGUGGCACCAAUAUCUCUUAUGAUGUUAAACCCUAUAGGCUUUAUCUUCUGUGAAAUCCAAAAGUGGAAAGACACUCAAAAUGCUUCUCAAAAUAAAGUAAAAAUUGUGGGACUCGGACUCUUGCGUGUAUUACAGAACCCAAUAGUAUUUAUGGUCUUCAUUGGCAUCGCCUUCAAUUUUAUUCUUGAUCGAAAGGUGCCUGUAUAUGUAGAAAAUUUUCUUGAUGGACUUGGAAAUUCUUUUUCUGGAUCAGCCCUAUUUUAUCUUGGUCUCACGAUGGUAGGAAAAAUAAAGAGACUGAAGAAGUCAGCAUUUGUUGUACUAAUUCUUCUCAUCACAGCGAAACUUCUGGUGCUGCCACUUCUGUGCAGAGAAAUGGUGGAACUCUUGGACAAGGGCGACAGUGUAGUAAACCAUACAAGUUUAUCAAAUUAUGCGUUUCUGUAUGGUGUCUUUCCUGUAGCACCAGGAGUGGCUAUCUUUGCAACACAGUUCAACAUGGAAGUAGAAAUUAUAACCUCAGGGAUGGUGAUAAGCACAUUUGUGUCUGCUCCCAUCAUGUACGUUUCUGCCUGGUUACUGACCUUUCCCACGAUGGACCCUAAGCCAUUGGCAUAUGCCAUCCAGAAUGUUAGUUUCGAUAUAAGUAUUGUCAGCCUGAUCUCCUUGAUCUGGUCUCUGGCUAUUCUUCUUUUGAGCAAGAAAUAUAAACAGCUUCCUCAUAUGCUUACAACGAAUUUACUCAUUGCUCAGUCUAUUGUCUGUGCUGGAAUGAUGAUAUGGAAUUUCGUUAAAGAAAAAAAUUUUGUUGGACAAAUUUUGGUGUUUGUUCUAUUGUACAGCUCCCUCUAUAGCACCUACCUGUGGACAGGACUUCUAGCAAUUUCUUUGUUUCUUUUAAAAAAGCGAGAGAGGGUACAAAUUCCGGUUGGAAUCAUCAUCAUAUCUGGCUGGGGAAUUCCCGCUCUCCUUGUUGGUGUUCUUUUGAUAACUGGAAAACACAAUGGAGAUAGCAUUGACUCCGCCUUCUUUUAUGGAAAAGAGCAGAUGAUCACCACAGCAGUCACCCUGUUCUGCAGCAUCCUGAUAGCCGGCGUAUCGCUCAUGUGCAUGAACCGAACCACACAAGCAGGAAGCUAUGAAGGUUUUGACCAGUCUCAGAGCCACAAAGUAGUGGAGCCUGGAAAUACUGCUUUUGAGGAGAGUCCAGCACCAGUGAAUGAACCAGAACUUUUUACAAGCUCUAUUCCAGAAACAAGUUGCUGCUCCUGCUCCAUGGGAAAUGGUGAAUUGCACUGCUCAUCAAUAGAGCCAGUAGCAAACACAAGCUCCAGUGAGUCUGCGAUUCCUUCAUUUCAGAAAAACAAUCUUUGUGUGAGUCGCUGUAACUCCCAGAGCUGCAUAUUAGCUCAGGAAGAAGAACAGUAUCUACAAAGUGGAGACCAGCAACUGACCCGACAUGUGUUGCUGUGUUUACUUCUCAUCAUUGGCCUGUUUGCUAAUCUUUCCAGUUGUUUAUGGUGGCUAUUCAACCAAGAGCCUGGAAGGCUUUAUGUUGAGUUACAGUUUUUCUGUGCCGUUUUUAACUUUGGCCAGGGAUUUAUUUCCUUUGGAAUCUUUGGAUUAGAUAAACAUUUAAUCAUCCUACCUUUCAAAAGAAGACUUGAAUUCCUAUGGAACAAUAAAGAAACAGCAGAAAACAGGGAUUCUCCUGUUUCAGAGGAAAUAAGAAUGACCUGUCAACAGUUUAUCCAUUAUCACCGUGACCUCUGUAUCCGAAACAUUGUCAAAGAAAGAAGUGCUGAUACCAGAUUUACAGAACAUAUGAGUGAAUCAUUCCUUUGACACAGGUGUGGUGCAAAGACUUCUGCUGGAACUUUCUGUGGCUGUGACCUGGUGAACUGGCUAAUUGAAGUUGGCCUUGCCUCUGACCGUGGUGAAGCUGUGAUAUACGGAGACAGGCUGGUACAAGGGGGAGUCAUCCAACAUAUUACCAACGAGUAUGAAUUCCGGGAUGAGUACUUAUUUUACAGAUUUCUUCAACAGAGUCCUCCUGCUAUUAAUGCAAGCACUCUCCAACAGGAAAGAUAUAAAGAAAUUGAGCAUUCAUCUCCACCCUCACAUUCCCCUAAGACCUAAAUUAUGAAGGGGAGAACCCUACAUGGGAAUCAUAUUCUAGCCCCAUAUUCAUUACUUUUUAGCUGGGUGACCUUGGGCCAGUUCCAGAGGCAACCUCUCUGAGCCUCAGUUGUCUUUUCUGUAAAAUGUGGUAAGAUGUGUUCCCACCACGUGCUCAGGGUCUGUGAUUAUAUGUGUAUGUAAAACACACAGGAAGCUGACUUACGAAAAAGAAAACCAAAUUAAAGUUCUGAUAAUGAAUAUAAUAAUUAUAGUCAUCCUUCAGUAUCCACAGGGGAUUGGUUCCAGGACUCCUGAAGAUCCCAAAAUCUGAGGAUGCUCAAGUCCCUUAUAUAAAAUGGUGUAGGCCAGGCAAGGUGGCUCACGCCUAUAAUCCCAGCACUUUGGGAGGCCGAGGUGGGUGGAUCACUUGAGGUCAGGAGUUCAAGACCAGCCUGGCCAACAUGACAAAAACCUGUCUCUACUAAAAAAUACAAAAAAAUUAGCCAGGUGUGGUGGCAGGUACCUGUAGUCCCAGCUACUUGGGAGACUGAGGUGGGAGUACCCCUUGAGCCUGAGAGGGGUAGGUUGCAGUAAGCCAACACUGCAUCACUGCAUUCCAGCCUGGGUACAGAGCAAGACCCUGCCUCAAAAACAAAAAAACAAGCAAAAAAACCUUAGAAGCACCAGUUUUUUUAAAGUUUGUCUUUUCUUUUCUACCCAAAUUACUAAUCUAUGCCAUUAAGGAAAAGAAAAAGAACCUCCAUAAAUAUUAUCUCCACAAUCCUUCUGCAGAAGUAUAAUCUGAUCUUUAACUUUUAUGCUACAAAUAAUAAUUUGAGCAGAUUAAUUUGAAUUUUAUAAACAAAAUUAUUGCCAUAUGAGGUAUCAUUUCCGUAUUUGAACAGCACAUCAUAAUGCAGGAUAACCCUUCUACUUUAUUCCCUGCAGUUAGAAAAGAAAAAAACUAUAUAGUAUAUAGUUCAAGCCAAUAUUUAAAAAUUCUAAACCUAGGCUAGGCAUGGUGGCUCACACCUGUAAUCCCAGAACUUUGGGAGGCUGAGGUUGGUGAAUUGCUUGAGCCCAGGAGUUCAAGACCAGCCUGGCCAACCUGGUGAAUUCCUGUCCCUACUAAAAAAAAAAAAAAAGCCAAGUGUGGUAGCAUGUACCUAUAAUCUCAGCUUACUUGGGAGGCUGAGGCAAGAGAAUUGCUUGAACCUGGAAGGAAGAGGUUGUAGUGAGCCAAGAUCCUGCCAUUGCACUUCAGCCUGGGUAACAAGAGUAAGACUCUGUCUCCCCACCACUCAAAAAAGUCUAAAGAUUACAUUUAGAAUUUAGUCUUUUUUAAGUGUCCAUGUAUAAAAAAAUAUAAUUUUUAAAAUUACUAAAUGUUGCCUUCUCUCUUAGUCUAUUAUUUCAGCUACUAUAACAAAGUAUCAAAAACUUGACAGUUUAUAAACAACAGAAGCUUAUUUCUCACAGUUCUGGAGGUCAUGAAGCCCAAGAUUAAGGCACCAACAGAUCUCGUGUCUGGUGAGGGUGAAAUUUCUGGCUCAGAGAUGGUACCUUCUUGCUGUGUCCUCACAUAGUAGAUGGGAAGAACUGGUAUCUUCAACCCCUUAUAAGGGCAUUAAUUCCACUCAUUAGGGCUCCACCCUCAUGACCUAAUAACCUCUCAAAGGCUCUACCUCCUAAUACCAAUACAUUGAGGACUGGGUUCCAACAUAUGAAUUCUGGGAGGACACAGACAUUUAGACCAUAGCAUCCCCAGUUAUCUGAGGUCAAUUUAAAAGAUCUUCAGUAAAUUAAAAAGAGAUCUAUUCACAUGUCCUUUGAACAUCUUAAUUAUUAGAUGUCAGUGCUGGUUUAACUUAUUUUAAACAUGUUUCAGAUAUUUAUUUAAUUAUAUUUUUAGUGUCUCAUAUGUAAAAGUUAUUUAUAAAAUAAUGUAUAGGGUUAGAGGCAUUGCCCUUUUAAUGCAAUAAAUAUACAAUUUUUAAAAAACUCACAUGGAGGCCAGGCUCAGUGGCUCAUGCCUGUAAUCCCAGCACUUUGGGAGGCUGAGGUGGACAGAUCAUCUGAGGUCAGGAGUUUGAGACCAGCCUGAUCAACAUGGAGAAACCCCAUCUCUACUAAAAAUACAAAAUUAGCUGGGCAUGGUGGCAAUUCCAGCUACUCAGGAGGCUGAAGCAGGAGAAUCACUUGUACCCAGGAGGCAGAGGCUGCAGUGAGCUGAGAUCAUGCCACUGCAUUCCAGCCUGGGUGACAAGAGGGAAACUCCAUCUCAAAAACAAGCAAGCAAACAACCCUGCAUGGAAGCAUAUAUUUAUUAAUAACAGAUAAAUUAUACUUUAGUGUGCUAUUAACCUGUACCAACUUUAAGUUGUGAUUAGGGAAUGGGGAUGUUUUUAAGUAGAACUGUCUUGCUGUGCAACUUUCCUUUUUAAAUAUGACCACAUUACGACUCUGAAUGCUCAGGGGUAAGCCUAAGGCCUCAUGGCUGUUACCAGGAGACUUUUAUAGUUACAAUAAUAAAGAUAUUCAUUAUCAUGCAUGAGACGACUCAAACUCAAGUGAAGAAUUUGUUUGUGAACAAGUCAUAACUACUUAUCUUCUGUUAUUUGCACGAAUGGAAUCUGCAACAUUUUUUUCCAAGGGAGACACUAAAAGAAAACCCUGGAUCAGAGUGAUGCAGUUUCAGAUAAUAAAGGCUUUUAAGAGACAUUUUUAGAAUUUAAAAUAUGCUAAUUUUAUUAAAUGAAAAUAUUUGUAACUGUUAAUUUCUCACUGACAAAGCAAGUUUCUCAAUAAAAUACGUAUUUUAACUUGCAUUGCUGACAUCUUUUCUUUGAGUAAUCUGAGUAAUGCAAAAGCCAUUAUAGAGGUCUUUUCUAUACAUUCUCAGUGUUUUCUUAAGUUGUUUCCUGAGUGGGGUUUCCUGAGUUGUUUUAUUCUUCAUGACUCUGGGUUCUGCAAACAGGGUUUCCGAAUUACGCAUUCUAUAAACACUUUUAUGAAUGAGUUGAUAUGACAUUAGAGUCCUUUUCAUACAUUUCAUCAUUUUCAAUAUGUAUAGUGAUAGCUAGAAAAAGGGUGAUAAAAAAUAGAUUAAAACCUGUAUCUUUUUCUUCAGCAUAGUCAAUUUUUUUUUCAUUUUUUAUUUUUUUAACUGGAGACCUCUUGAUGUGCAGAGUCAAUUGUUUUCUUAACUGUCAAUGAGUAACUCCAUGCCUAGCUUGUGCUUAGCUUUCAGUAUUUUUGGACGAAGAUAACGUGUAUUUGGCAUUUUGAGAGCAACAAUUAGUGAUCAGUAAAUUUUUAAAGCAAGAAAAAUGUGAAACUAGUAUUUAAUAUGUUUGUUAUGCAGCAGAAUACAGCUCUUAGUGUUUACCCCUUCAAAUCUCAUGUAAAAUAUUAAAUUACUUUAGGCCACUGGACAUAGAUAGUCAUGUGAUGAGUGAUGGCUGGAAAAAAAGUUCAGGAUCAUAAAUGUUAUCACCAUUCUUCAAGAAAAGAGAAGAUUAUAAAUUUCUGCAAUUGGUAUGAUAAAAGGAUGAAUUAAUUAAUGAAAAAGAGAAAUCAUUAGCUCUGUAGUUUCUGUAGAAGAAACUAACUCUCCAAAAUUCUAGGCUACAUAGUUAUUUCUAGAGCAAAACAUUUGAUUCUUGAUUAACAUAUAUAAACUGAUGUUUUCAUCAAAUAUCAAAUAAAAUAGCCUUCUCUAGAAUACUCAUAUUAUUGCCCUGGCUUAUUAAGUAAUAGUAAAUAAUACACAGUAUCUAAGAGGUGACAGGUUAACCUGAGACUUAUCAAAGGAUACCAAGCUGUGGAGAUAGGUUGUCUAGCUAAUUUCUUCAACUUUACAUUUCCACAGGCAGAGAAGAGGCGCUGUCUUAAGUUCUUCCCAUCAGUCAUUUAACAUAUUUAUUGAGCAGUCUAGCAUGUACCAGACACAGUCUGAACAUUGAGCAUACAACAGUGGAAACAAAUAUGAUUCCUAUCCUCAUGGAGCUUCUAUUCUGUGAAAAAUAGGUGUUAGACAUGAUUAACCUGUGAUCAGGAGUGCCUCUAAGAGUAUGUAAGAGAGACCUUGUGGUGUGAGGAAAACUUCCCUGAGAAAGUCAUGUCUUAGCAAAACUUGAAAGGAUGUAAAGUAUUAUGUAAAUGGGAGCACAUGGAGUGAACAGUACAAACAGACAGUACAGCCAUGAAGAAGGCACAUUCAAGGACAUGAAAGAGCAGCAUAGUAGAAACGUAAAACACAAUGGUUGAAGGUGUAAUAAGAUAUAGAUGAAGCAGAUCAGUGGGAUCUUUUUGGCAUUUAAAGAGUUUUAGACUCAACAAUAAGAAAAUAACCAGAGUAAAUAAUGGGCAAAAGAUCUAAACAGACAACUCACCAAAGAAGAUAUGAAAAGAUGUUCAACAUCAUAUAUCCCAAAAUCCAAAAUUCUGACAAUAAAUGCUGACAAGAAUAUAGGGCAAAAGAGCUCUUAAUUCAGUGCUGAUAGGGAUGCAAAGUGCUGGCCACUCUGCAAGACAGUAUGGCAGUUUCUUACAAACUAAACAUAACAUACUCUUACCACAUGAUCCAGCAAUUGUGCUCCUCAGUAUUUACACAAAAUGAGUUGAAAACAUGUCCACACAGAAACCUUCACCUGGAUAUCUACAGCAGGUUUAUUCAUAAUUUUCAAAACUUGGAAGCAACCAAGAUGUCCUUCAGUAGUGGGACAUUCAGACAAUGGAAUAUUAUUUAGAACUAAAAUGAGCUAUCAAGUCAUGAAAAGACAUGGAGGAACCUUAAAUGCAUAUUACUAAGUAAAUUAAAAAAGACAAUCCUUAGAAAUCACAUACUGUAUGAUUCUGAUGAUAUGACAUAUGGAAAAGGCAAAACUAUGGAGACAGUAAAAAGAUCAGUGGUUGCCAGGGGUUGGAGGGAGAGUGGAAUAAAUGGGCAGAAGAUUUUUAGGGCAGUGAAACUAUUCUGUAUAAUACUAUAAUGGUGGAUACAUGUCAUUCUACAAUUUUCAAAGCCCAUAGGAUGUACCCUAUCAAGCGUGAUCUCUAACAUGAACUAUGGACUUCAGGUGAUAAUGUGUCAAUGUAGGGCUAUCAAUUGUAACAAAUGUACUAUUCUGGUACUGUGAUGUUGAUAGUGGGGGAGGUUAUGCAUGUGUGGUAAUAGGGGCUAUAUGGAAACUCUGUACUUUCUGUUCAAUUUUGCUGUGAACCUGAAACUGCUCCAAAAACAAAGUCUCUUUUCAAAAAGUUUUAGGAGGGGGAUUCAUAAUCAGAUUUAAAUUUUUUAUAGAUUACUCUGGCUGCAGUGACUCAUGUGGAUGGAAAUAAAGAACAAAAAGAGUGUGUAGAAGAGUUAACUGCAAUGGUCCAGAUCAACCCUUCAUUGGACUAGAUUAUCAAUCUUGAAAAUGAUUAAAUGUAAUAUGUACAGGUAAGUGUGUAUUUUAUUAAUUGCAAAACAAGUUGAAUCACAAAAAUUUGCCCAUACCUUGAACUUUUUCUGCUGCCCAGUACUUCCCUGCAGUCUCCAGUAUCCAGGCUUCAUUCCUAUCAGCUAUCAGGAAACUGUUGUGAUAGCUAAAUGCCAUCCUACCCUCUGUGCAAUUUCCACCCUGUCCAUAUUUUUCUAAUAAAUCAACAAUGACAUUGAGGGCUUUUUCAGCUGUAUCAGCUCUUUCAAGGCCAAGUCUAAAAAAUAUAAAGUUCUCAGGUUAAAAGAAAUUUCCAUUAUUUUUCUUAAAUAAUUUCAUGCUUAUGAGAUUUUUUACAUUUAAAGUAAAAUUUCUUUCAAGUUAACAGAUGAAAUGACAUCUAACUUUAAAAUUUUUCCUUCUGAAGUCAGUUUAGAAUCAUGGAAACAAACCCAUCAAAUUUGAAGUUGGUAAUUCACUGUCAAGUUACUUUAUCUCUGAACCACAGAUAUCUCAUUUGUAAAAUGAGCACAGUAACCCAUGAGGUUAUGGUGAGAAUUAGUUAAGGUGUGAUAAAGUACGUUAGGUACUUCCAAUGAAUUAUAAUUUUACUUCUUCCCUUCUUCCAAAUAAUAAUAUCUGAAAGCUGAGCAUGAUGCCUUGUGCCUAUAAUCCUAGCUCCUCAGGAGGCUGAGGCAGGAGGACAGCUAGAGGGCAGGAGUUCAAGACAAAUAUAAGCAACAUAGCAAGAACCUGUCUCUUAAAAAUAAAAUUUUAGUUAAAAAUUAGCCAGGUUUGGUGACAUGUGCCUUUGAUCCAAUCAAGCUACUUUGGUGGCUCAGGUGGGAUGAUUGCUUGAGCUCAGGAAUUCAAGGCCACAGUGAGCCAUGAUCACACCACCGUACUCCAGCCUGCGUGACACUGUGAUCUCAUCUCAAAAAAAAUAAAAAAUAAAUAAUAAGGAAAACAAAUAAAACAGAGUCAAGAAAUUGCAAGUUGGUACUCUAAAAUAUUUUGACACAAACUACAAAGUAUCAAAGCCUCCUAAAAAAUAGAAAAAUAAAACAAGUAAGAGUUAUACAAAAAUUACAAAUUUAGACAAGGUCUAUAGUAUAAUAUGUAACAAAAAAACAACCUGACAAGAUCCAUUCCUAGUAGUGCUUCUUCAUCACAAACUUCUUCUCUUCCCCAUACAGCUUCAUUUCCAAUGCAAACUCCAUGCUCAUUGGCUCCCAUUUCUGCCCCCCACAGCCAAGCUGGGCGACUCAGGACAACAGCAUAUGUUUCAGGAACUUGAUCAAUUUCUAUAUAUGUACACUGUAAGAAAAAAAAAAAAGUCAUAGCAUGAACCACAAAACCAGAAAAGUUAUCAAAAUCCAGAAUUUAAAAAAUCAGUCAGAAGACAAGACUGUUAUGAAAGAGGUAAAGGAAAUAAAAUUAAACUGAAAUUUUCAAUAAAAGGCAUUACUCUUAAAACAUAUUCAGAAUAACCCUAAAGUAUUAUAUUCAUUCAAACAUUUGCUGAGCAUUUCCUAUAAAAAAACAUUCUGCCAAGAGAUAUGUUAGUUACAAAGAUGAAUCAGAUACAGAUCUCACUUUUGAGAAACUAAAACUUGUACAUUAACUAGGAUAAAUAAAGCACAAAGUAUUAGGGUCAUGAAGUAAAGAUGAGGUGUUAUUGAAGCUCAGGAGAAAGAUGGGUCUCCAGCUAUAAUAACCUGAAACAUUUUUGUAGAUGUAUGUGAGUUGAAGCUUAAGGAAGUAGUUCUCAACCUGAAUGUCCAGUGUUACUUGAUUAUGAUAUAAGUACCCAUAGGGUAGCCUUUGAAUACAAGAGUAUUGCCAUAGGAAUCUCAUGUCACAUGUUGAAGUCAUCCAUUAGGUAUGUCCACAGCAAUGAAAAGAAUGAGAAACACUGAUUUACAAGAUAGGCUAGAUUUAAAUAUGAAGAGAUAAAGUGGAAAUGGUAUCACAGAUGAAUAAGUGGUCUUAGAAAAACAAAAAAAUAUGGCAUAGUAUACAGAAAAAACCAAUAUUAAUAUGUUUUAAUAUUAGAAUAUCAAUACAAUAAAAUCUUAAAAGUAUGAAUUAGCAACAAUAGCAUAAUUUGAAGCUGUCAUUUUAAGUUCCACGUUAAAUGGGUUUUUUUUUUUUUUUUUUUUUCUUUUUUUGAGACAGAGUUUUGCUCUUGUUACCCAGGCUGGAGUGCAAUGGCGCAAUCUCGGCUCACCGCAACCUCCGCCCCCUGGGUUCAGGCAAUUCUGCCUCAGCCUCCUGAGUAGCUGGGAUUACAGGCACGCGCCACCGUGCCCAGCUAAUUUUUUGUAAUUUUUAGUAGAGACGGGGUUUCACCAUGUUGACCAGGAUGGUCUCGAUCUGUUGACCUCGUGAUCCACCCGCCUCGGCUUCCCAAAGUGCUGGAAUUACAGGCUUGAGCCACCGCGCCCGGCCAAAUGGGUUUUUAAAAUAAGUUCUCAAAGGAUCCUUUAAUUAAAGUGUAUAGUACUGCAUAAAAUGUAUAUUGAUACUGUUAACGUAGUGCCUAAUAACCCUUUUUUGAUGUGUCAUAAAACUCAUUCUCAGAGUCUGGGAUGACUUUCCUAUUCUAUAUCAAGUGGAACCUAUAUCAAUUCAGAAUCAGAAUCCUUUUUGUCCAUCAAACUCCAGCUAACUCCAAGUUGAAUUAAAUGUUCUGUUUCUUCUGCUGCCACGGCAUGCUGCUCUUACUUAAAUUAAGCAUAUAAACCACCCUGUUUUAUAAUGGGGUAUAAUCAUACACAUUGUAUUCCUAUACUAGACUCUAAGCUCUUGGAACAGUCAGUCUUGACAGCUGACUUUAAAUCUCUUGCUGUAUCUAACAUGCCUGCAUAUGGAAAGCAUUCAAAUAGUUAAUAAAAGAAUGGAUAAUUUUUAUUACUGUUAUUUCAACUUCCUCCAAAUCACUGAAAUAAAAGAUCAGAGUUUAUUUCUGACACAUUUAUUUUUCAAAUUUAAAUUCCCCAAUUUUAACUUCUAUAGUUUCUUCCAAAUUGCUAUUUAUAGAAAUAGCUUUAGGAUACUUUUAAAAAGCACAUUGCUAACAAAACAUUUAUUUUCACCUACCUUAAGAUGUUCUCCCAGGUUAUCAUGAACUGCAGCAGGAAAAUAAACUACCUCUUGUACUUCAUCACAGAGUCUAUCUGAAUUUUUUCCAAAAAUAAUCCUGUUAGCGACUGUUGCUGGAGGUAAUGCCACGAAUGUGUCACAGGAAAAAGGUUCCAUUUUCUUUAACUAAAAAUUAUACAAAAGUUUGAAAAUUAAAAAAUAUAUACUUUUAAGUAUAUAAAAACAAACGGUUUUACUCAAUGACCAAAGGAUAUUAUUACCAAAUCCAAUGUUCAUUAAAGCUUUGAUUUACAGGGUCUAGGUCUUUCACCCAGGCUGGAGUGUAGUUGUGUGAUCACUGCUCACUGCAGCCUGGAACUCCUGGACUCAGGAGAUCCUCCCCCUUCUGUCUCCCAAAGCACUAGGAUUACAGGCAUGACUGACCAUGCUUGGCUAUUCAUUCAAGUUUUAAAUUUCAUAUAUUAUAGCACAAAAAUUAGUAAGAAUAUGACUUGGAACACAAUCUUGUACUACAAAUCAAUAAGAAAAUGACAAUUAGAACUACCUUCUAGUCUAUAGUUCAAAUUUAUUCUCUAAGACCUUUCUCUCCUAAAGUCUUCCCUGAAUUUCCUUUCACCACUUCCAUAUUUGGGAAUCCCUGUACCUAGCUCUACUGUUGUAAAGGCUAUAUUCUACUGUAUUUGUGUAUAUAUGAGUCCCUUUACUGGACAACAAGAUCCUUGAGGGCUGGGAGUAUAUCUUACAAAUCUUUGUAUUUUCAUUGCUGGAACUUGUCUUAUGGAAAAAAAUCUUAUGUGCCAAGUACUUCCUCAAAGGAAGGAAGAGGGGGUCUUCUUUGAGCUGAGAAAAAAUAUACACAGAUAAUUCUGAUGAGACAGAAAUUUUGAAACAGACUCACUGAUUGAGACCAAAAUGUCAAUAUAAUUCCAAAUUGCUGAUAUUUCUAGGAGAAAGUUCACAUAUUUAAUUUAUAAAUCCCAAUUGUAUACUUUAAUAUCUACAUUACCUCUUCAGUUGUAAUUUGGAAAAUCUUAACUCUUCGGUUGUAAUAGAACACCUAAAGGUCCUUAUUUUGCUGCCCGAAUGGUUACAUUGUUUUAGUUUCCUUCUUUCUUUAAUAAUGACAAAACCUUAGAAUGGCUUUACAUAGGCAGACGCUAGCAAUUUAAAAACAAAAUUUAAAUAUAAUAAAUGUUUCCUUAAAAAGAAAACAAAAUGGCUAAAGAAAAAACUUCAGCUGGAACUUCUAAGGGUUUUCCUCUUCUCAGUGAGGAGUAGAUAGAGAUCACGAUGGCUUCUGUUAUUUUCUUUGUAUAUUUCAACCCUAUGUCCUGUAUCUCCUUCUAUUUGUGUUCUGGAGUUAGUUCCAUCACUAUAUAACUUUGGCAGUCUAUUUAAUCUCUCUCUUCCCUAUGCCUUCUGCCUCAUCAGUAAAAUAAAAGAUACUAUUUGAUGGGCUGUUAUGAGAACUUAAGGCAACAUAUAAAGUGUUUUGCACAGUACAGAUUACAUAAUAGACACAGGAAAGCUGUUAUUGUUCUUAUUUGGUAGGAGAGGAAAUUUCUUAUAAAGUCUUAUUCUUUUUUUAAUUUUUUUGAGGCGGAGUUUCACUCUUGUUGCCCAGCCUGGAGUGCAAUGGCGAUCUCAGCUCACUGCAACCUCUCCCUCCAAGGCUCAAGUGAUUGUCCUGCCUCAGCCUCCCGAGUAGCUGGGAUUACAGGUGCAUGCCACCACGCCCGACUAAUUUUUUGUAUUUUUAAUAAGCGACGGGGGUUUCAUCAUGUUGGCUGGUCUCGAACUCCUGACCUCAGGUGAUCCACCCGCCUCAGCCUCCCGAAGUGCUGGGAUUACAGGCGUGAGCCACUGUGCCCGGCCAAGGCUUAUUCUUAACAUCUCCCUGAUGGAGAACUUGGUGGAUCACCUGCUGCAGUAGCAGUCAUGUCCAUUCAAAAGCGGAGUCUCAAGGGCCAUCAAGAUGCAAUAGGUAAUCUGAGCUGCCUAACUGGGAUCGUAGGGAAAGCUAAGGAAACUUGCCGCCUGGUUAGAAUGGCACUUAGCCCACUGAGGAAGUGAAGCCUUGAGAGAUUUUACCAACUCCUAACGCGUAUUCGUCAUUCAAGAAAUAUUUAUUGAACGUCUUUCGGCGCCAGCACCAUACAGCUGGGGACAAAAUAGGGCCUCCGUUCUUGCAGAGCUGUCUUUCUAUUUCACGCGCUCUUAGUUCACUCGGCGCUUUUAGAAACAUCAUAUUGUUGGAUUCUCGCAAACAUACUACCGUUAGGGCAGGAAUUAUUAUCUACAUGAUACAGAUGAGAAAAACGGUGCAGAGAAGUUUUUGCAGCUCGAGUUAGAGUUCACAGAAAGUAACGGGCUCGAGCUUCAAGCACCUCCGGUCGAAGAGGCGCUGCGGUCCACCCCGCACUCCGGCCCGAGGCGCUCAAACUGCAGCGGGCGCAGCUGGGCCCCAGAGCCCCUCGGUCAAGCAGCGCCGCGCGGCUGUUCGGUCUUUCUGGUUUCUGCCUCAACUAUGCACGCCCCUCCCCCGUGCUCGCCCCUCACCUGGCCUCCCAGCUGGCUGAAGAGACUGGUCGACAGAGGGAGGAGUGGCCAGUGGAGGCAACAGUUCCCGGAAGCUGUCACCUUUGACCUCGGAAGUUCCCCCCUGCUGCUGGAAACGCAGUUCCGGUUAGGCGGCUGAGUUUGUUUACGUUCCCGACAGAUCUAGCUGCUGCUUUCCCCAGCUCCAGCUCCAAGAUGGGGAAAUCCUUCGCCAACUUCAUGUGCAAGAAGGACUUUCAUCCUGCCUCCAAAUCCAAUAUCAAAAAAGUAUGGAUGGCAGAACAGAAAAUAUCAUACGAUAAGAAGAAACAAGAAGAAUUAAUGCAGCAAUAUCUUAAAGAACAAGAAUCAUAUGAUAAUAGAUUGCUUAUGGGAGAUGAACGUGUAAAGAAUGGCCUUAAUUUCAUGUAUGAAGCCCCACCAGGAGCCAAGAAAG